AUGUCUCGUUUCGUGGAACCGUACCUUCGGUACUUCGAAGCCUUCAUGGCGACCACCAAACGCCGCAUCGUUGUGAUUCUGACCCCCAUCCUUAUCCUGGCUGUGUUCGUCUGGUACCGACAACCAGAUAUCGAUAACUUGCUGCUUAACCACGACGAGUGCGCGCAAGCAUUUCCAGCGCUCUUCGAUGAAAUCGAACGAGCAAAGCGCGACCGUCAAUCCCGCCCGAUAACCUUGAAGGAGAUCGACUCGAUUACACCCAGAAACGGGUAUAUCCGAGCAAUGAUAUACGACCAGCAGCUUUACGUGAUUGCAACAGAAGGCCACAUCUACUCUCGUGAAAUUGCUACUCUUCAUUCCUUGCAUCGAGCUCUUAUAUCAUCGCCCGAAAAAGUUCCCAAUAUUGAAUUCGCCUUCAAUUCAGACGAUCGAAUUGAACCAGUUGCUCUCUGGGGAUAUGCUCGCCAGGAAGAAGACUCAAAUAUUUGGCUUAUUCCCGACUUUGGAUAUUGGUCCUGGCCGGAGACUAAAGCCGGUUCGAUGAAAGAAGUUGUGAUGAAAGCCGAAUGGGCCGAAGACGCCGGAGGUCUAUCAUGGCCUAAGAAAGUCCAGAAGGUCCUAUGGCGUGGUGCAACAAUGGGAUUGGAAUUACGGGAGAAGCUGAUAGAAGUUGCAUCGAGUCAACCGUGGGCCGACGUCAAAGCUUUGAAUUGGAAAGAUCACGAAAGCAUGACUAGCGAUCUCAAAUCAAUGUCUGAACAUUGCGAGUACAAAUACCUGGCUCAUACUGAGGGUAACUCAUACUCUGGUCGCCUGAAAUACUUGCAAAGUUGCAGGAGCGUGAUCAUAGCCCAUGAGAUGGCCUGGAUACAACAUCAACAUCCACUCAUGCGGUCUUCAGGACCUGAUCAGAAUUUUGUCACAGUCAAGCGCGACUUCUCAGAUCUUCAGGAAAAGAUCAACUGGCUGCAAACACACGAUGAUGAUGCCCAGCGUAUAGCGAACAACAACGUGAAGACUUUUCGGGAGCAUUAUCUGACUGAGGCGGCCGAAGUUUGCUACUGGCGUCGCCUGAUCAAAGCUUGGGCCGAAGUCAGCGACUUCAAGCCUGAAUUUUUCAAGAAGGAAAACGGCAAGAAAGUUUGGAGGGGACUCCCGGUGGAAAGUUUCUUCCUGGAAAGAAGGCUGGAAUGGGAGCCUUACUGA